AUGCUUCGCUUGGGGAAAAAGCAAGAGUUCAAGCGUAACUUCGGAUUCUGGAGCGCAUUAGCCUUGGUCUCUGUAUACAUGGCAACAUGGGAAUUUGUGCUUGUGUCGCUCUCGCUUGGCUUCUCCAAUGGCGGUUUCGCGGGUCUGCUCUGGUGCUACAUCCCAGCGACUCUUUGCUUUGCGAGCGUAACGGCCAGUCUGGCAGAGAUGGCAUCAAUGGCACCGACCAGUGGUGGACAAUACCACUGGACUAGUGAAUUUGCUCCUCCGCAAUAUCAGCGCGUUCUCUCAUACGCGUCUGGAUGGCUAUCAUCUUUGGGAUUAUUGAGCAGUGUUGCAGCUGGAAACUUCAUCAGCGCUCUGCAGGUCCAAGCGUUGGUGAAUGUUUACCUACCAGAUUUGGCGUUCACGCAAUGGCAAACAACGUUGAUGAUGAUCGCUUUAGGCGUCGUCACGAUCAUCCUCAACACACGCACAGCGCCCAUCCUUCCAGCGCUGGAAAUAGCAAGCCUCUACGUGCACGUCCUCGGAUUCGUGGUGAUCGCGAUCGUGGUACUAGUGCUGUGCCCAAAGAACAGCCCUACAGACGUCUUUUUGACGUUCACCAAUACCAGCGGCUAUGAUAGCAUGGCCGCUGCUAUUCUCAUGUCGCAAGUAUACGUUUUUUGGUGCAUCAUUGGGAGCGACUCCGUCACUCACAUCUCAGAAGAAGUUAGCGAUGCAUCGAUCAAUGUGCCACGAAGCAUGUGGUGGUCUUAUGUCGGCAAUGCCAUCUCCGGUUUUGGCAUGCUCAUCGUCCUUUUGUUCUGUGUAGGACCGAUCGAAGACGUGCUCGAGAGCCAAACCGCUUACCUUCAACUCUUCGACCGCACUGGUUCAACAGGGAUUGCGUUCUUUCUGAGCGUAGUCCUCUUCAUCGCCCUGUAUGUGGGAAAUAUCACUGCCCUUGCGACCUGCUCUCGUGAAAUGUUCGCAUUCGCGCGCGACCAUGGUCUGCCAUUCUCAUGUUGGCUUGGAAAGAUCGACAGGCACUGGAAGAUACCACUAAACGCUGUCUACACCGCAUCUGGUAUCGUGUUUCUUCUGAGCCUCAUCGUUCUGGGAUCCACCUUGACCUUCAACAUCAUCACCUCAAUCGCCCUAUUGAGCCUGCUCAGCACCUACAUGCUCAGCAUUGGCUGCGUGCUCUGGCGGCGGCUUAGUGGGGAGCCUCUACCUCAUGCACGUUGGAGUCUCGGACGCUGGGGAAUACCCAUCAAUGCUUUCGCUCUGACUUACUCGUCUUUCAUCAUUGUCUUUUGCUGUAUGCCGACCAAGCUUCCAGUAACGGUAUUGAACGCGAACUGGGCCCCUGCACUCUGGGCGGGCUUCAUUCUCUUCGCGAUUGGGUACUACCUCUUCUGGGGAAGAAAUUAUUACACCGCACCAGUUAGCUUUAUUCUUGGCCAUCGCGCUCAAGAAGAUGCCAUGCAAUCAAGCACAUGA